AUGAGAGAAUACGACAGGGCUGUGAGCCGACACCAUUUGGAGGUACAGGGAGACAGAAGUGAUUUGAUGGUGCUGGGAGACAGAAGUGAUUUGAUGGUGCUGGGAGACAGAAGUGAUUUGAUGGUGCUGGGAGACAGAAGUGACUUGAUGGUGCUGGGAGACAGAAGUGAUUUGAUGGUGCUGGGAGACAGAAGUGACUUGAUGGUGAUGGGAGACAGAAGUGAUUUGAUGGUGCUGGUAGGCAGAAGUGACUUAAUGGUGCUGGGAGACAGAAGUGACUUGAUGGUGCUAGGAGGCAGAAGUGACUUGAUGGUGCUGGGAGACAGAAGUGACUUGAUGGUGCUGGGAGACAGAAGUGAUUUGAUGGUGCUGGGAGACAGAAGUGACUUGAUGGUGCUGGGAGACAGAAGUGAUUUGAUGGUGCUGGGAGACAGAAGUGACUUGAUGGUGCUGGGAGACAGAAGUGAUUUGAUGGUGCUGGGAGACAGAAGUGAUUUGAUGGUGCUGGGAGACAGAAGUGAUUUGAUGGUGCUGGGAGACAGAAGUGACUUAAUGGUGCUAGGAGACAGAAGUGACUUAAUGGUGCUAGGAGACAGAAGUGAUUUGAUGGUGCUGGGAGGCAGAAGUGAUUUGAUGGUGCUGGGAGACAGAAGUGACUUGAUGGUGCUGGGAGACAGAAGUGAUUUGAUGGUGCUGGGAGACAGAAGUGAUUUGAUGGUGCUGGGAGACAGAAGUGAUUUGAUGGUGCUGGGAGACAGAAGUGACUUAAUGGUGCUGGGAGGCAGAAGUGAUUUGAUGGUGCUGGGGGGGGGGGCAGAAGUAACUUAA